GCAUCUGUCCCCCAACCCGUCCGCUCGUCCUCUGGCGACUUGCUCGUCUUCGGACCGGCACCCCUCCAUCUGGCCUCAUAGUGCUGCUCUUUCCUGUGCCGCCGCCAUUCCCGACAUCCCCACGAGUGCUGACCUGCUCACCCAACCCAACCCAACCCAACAGCUAUGGACUCCAUCGUAGGCAUCGAUAUGUCGCCGCUGCCCUCGACCAUGCUGGUCACGGCCGCCGUGCUGUUCGCCCUUUCGAUCUUCACCGAGGUCAUCAUCGCCAAGACGUAUCUGCACAGCCCCGUCCACCACCAGUUUGCGAAUCUGUAUGAGCAGCCCUUGGUGCCAUAUGCGCCACCCACCCCCGUCCACUCUCCAUCGGCGGCUCGCAAGCAGCCCCUUCCCAUCAAGACCCACAACGCCGUCCCCGCAAAGGCCAGCUCUCCCCUGGUUCGCUCGCCCGAGCCAGCCCCAGCGUCGGUGCAGUCCGCUGCCGUCCCUGCCACCUCGCCCAUCUACUACGAAGUGGUCGAGUAUCACCCUCCCUCUGGCCAGGAGAUUGAGUUGCGUGUCGGCGAUGUCGUGACGCUGUCCAAGAUCCUGGAUCAAGCCAUCGCAGAGGGUGUCGACCAGACCAGCGGCCAGAGCGGCUUCAUUCCCAUCUCCAAGAUCCAGCACUAUUUUCCGCACACCGUCGUCUCGGCAGCCGCCUGAUCUCGCCAGCCUAUCGCCGAUAUGCCCGGCUCUCGCAGACAACCGCCGUUGUGCAUCCACUCACCACCCAGCUAGCAGCCUUGGUGCCCUUCUCCCUCGACCACUCAACCACCCAGCCAUACUUGCCGCGCUCUCAGGCAUUACGGGAUCCCUCUCGAUCCAUUUUCCCUCUUAUCUCUCAGCCUCUGGCUCCAUCACGUUGCCGGCUUCUACCGCUGCAACGCCUUUGCCACCUGCGGGCCCCAUACUCUCCUUUAUUCGAUCGCUGGUUUCGAUGCUGUGUUGGCUCGACCAUUGUUUCCACUCGACCGCUGUUUUUUACCCGGCCUUUCCCCGUUUGUUUUAUGAUUUCAUCUUUUUGGUGAAUACAUUCUGUUUGAAAC